ACUGAAGUAAACGGUACUUACCAUGAGAAGUCCGUGAUGCAAUUGCAAGUGUUUCACGUUACAUGACGGAGAAAAAACUGCCUAUCAAGUAGUUAGCAUGGAUGGGAAAACUUCUGAACGGACAUCACUUGCGGUGUUGUUGCGCCUCGAUGGUCCGAUGGAAGAUGUACUCCUUAACUUGGACAGUAAGCUACGUCGCGGGAGGGAGGCAAGUGCGGCACAUUCAAGACGUCAUUCAAUAUCUGGGGUAGCAUGCAGGCGAACUAUCAAAUCAAUUGUGUCAUACGCAUGCGGGGUCGUGGUGAUUCGUGACGCCUCCCGCGAUGGGUUCUGCAUUACCUUUUGAACAUGUAUUAUUAUGCCUCACAGUCAUCACUCUCACUCCGGACAGUUCUGUAGGCAUGCUUUCGGAUCCUUAGAAGAAGUUGUAUCGGAAGCCAUCAAACAACGUUUCGAGGUAUAUGGUUUGACAGAACAUGUACCCCGCUACAGGCUAGAAGAUCUGUAUCCAGAGGAGAGGGAACUGUCCCUUGAUGAUCUGUCAAAGCAGUUCCUCAGUUUUCUUAACGAAGCUCAUCGACUGAAGGAGGUUUACGCCUCCCAGAUCACCUUAUUGGUUGGACUCGAGACAGAGCACAUUACCGAUGAUGACCUCAGUCAUCUUCAAACGCUCCUAAAGGAUAACGGGAGGCGCAUCGAUUAUAUCGUUGGAUCCGUUCAUCAUGUCAACACUAUCCCCAUCGACUUUGAUCGUGUCACAUAUGAAAAGGCUUUGGCCAACUUUUCGAGUAAAGAGGGCGUUUAUAUUGUCGGAAACGAUCAAAUGGAACGCUUCCUGUCGGCAUACUUCGAUGCACAGCAUCAAUUGAUUCGGCAGUUUCAGCCAGAGAUCAUUGGUCAUCUCGAUUUGUGCAGACUCUACACCCCUUCCCUCGAUCUCAAGCAGUACCCCAUCGCUUGGGGCAAGCUGAUCAGGAACAUCGAGGAAGCUACGCGGUAUGGUGCACUUUUUGAAAUCAAUGCUGCCGCGUUCAAGAAGGAGCAAUGGACUUCGCCCUAUCCUGGAAAAGAUAUAGUAGCGCUUAUUCAAGAAAAAAAUGGUCGAUUUGCUUUGUCCGAUGACAGCCACGGACCGCGGACUGUUGGACAGUAUUAUUUAGAUGUGGCGGACUAUCUGGUUCAUGUAGGGAUUACCGAACUUUGGUAUUUGGACCGUUCGUUAGAGCCAAAUCACAAUGGGAGGUACAUAUCUCCUAGGCGAUUUGAAGGUGACUGGCGGCUUCAUGCCUUCUGGAAACAUAGGGAGGGUGAAAGGCACGGAGUCGCUUUUCAAUAAAUACGAGGUGAUUUUGGUGAUAGAAGUACGUUUUGCGGCGGCUUGAAGUACUUCGAUAUUAUCUUUGAUUUUCUCUGCCCCGAGAUG